GAUGGAUGAAGAGGAAGAAGAGACGACAUCGAAACAUUGCUGUAGCGGACUAGCCUUCACUCUAGUUACAAUCCUAAUUGGCUUUGAUCUAAUUACAGAUCUUUCGGUCAUCAUCCACCUUGCUCGUCAGGGUACCUACUUGGUAACAGCAUUUUCAUCGCUCUUCUUCCUUGCUAAUGGUAUUAUUUGCGCUUCUGUCUACUCUGUGCGAAUUGCCUAUGGACUGGCGGAACGCCGGCAUCCUCUUAGAAUUGCACUUUUAACGCUUUUGAAUAUACCAUUGCAAUUGGCAAUAAUAAGUCAUCGUUUCGUGAUUGCCUCAAAGAAGUGUGAUGGUCCAGGACCAGAUAGCGAAGCAAGACGCCGACGAGAAUGGAUCUGUGCACAAAUAUUACUAGUUCAUGCAGUUGUAGAUUCGGGGCCUCAAUUUAUUCUUAAUUCUUCGUUGAUAUUAUAUUCAACUUCCGACAUUCACGUUAUGCAAGUUGUAUCAACGGUAAAUUCUUUUUGUAGCUGUAUAGUUGGCGUUGCGGUUUUUGAAAAAGUUAGGUCAAAAAGGGCUUUAUCUUCCUACUCUCAUGUGACCAGCCUUACAAACUUACUAGUAGUCUCUUUAGGUCUUACGGCAAGACUGUCUUGCUUUCUAUCCUUACUCAUCAGAUACGGAUAUAAAGUACUCUUAUCAACAGUGGCCGUCCACGUAGCUAUAAUCAUUGCUGUCUAUUCUGCCAUCUACGGCUUCCGAAAGUCGUUAAUUUAUUCUUAUUUUACAAUAUGGACCUAUAUUUCACCCAGCGAAGGCUAUAGACCAGAAGGCGAAAUCUUAUUCUGCAACCUUCUCUUUGCAAUUCAAUCAGCUGUAGCCACUACAAUCAUUUGGAAUGACAGUUGGCGAUUUCUUGGCAUAAUUUCUCUGGCUUCUACUUCCUUAGGGUUACUAUUGACCGUUGUGUAUUAUACAAUGUUAAGGAAAGCUAUUCGUCACGAAAAUAUCUGGCAGAAUGUCAUGAAACCAAUAGCAGCCGUUUGUAUUUGGACGAAUUGCCACGAAACGGAAGUGACUCUCCCCGAUCUUCCGCCGGUAGUCUUGACAGAUACCGAAACUAAAAGCCGAACAUUAUUAUCACAUAGCUGCCAUGGUAAAAUAUCAGAACAAGAGUUUGAAAGGGAUUCUUAG